AUGGCAGCAAUAGCCUGUACGCCAACUGCAGGCACUAAAACAAGGCCAUCGAGCUCACAAGCUUCGGCAAAUCCUCCUUGUACACCCAGGGCACGCGUACAAUCUUCUACCAGGCAAGCUCAUGGACCGAUAGGAAUGCCUUGGGAGCCACCGGUUCUUCCCGUGCCGUCGUCACCGCCGCACGCCGUCUUGGGUCCACGUGCCGAGCCUCUAACAGAAACCAAGAAGCGCACCAUCACAGUUGGCAUUGAAUCAGAAUUUGAGCUUGAUCCCCGUCACGAAGAUGGUGACAACGCAAUGCUCCCGGAAUUUGUGACGGCUCUGGCGAUGAAGCACAAUCAAAUGGUACCGGGGCCGAUUGAGAUGGUAUCACCCAUCCUUGAGGCAUAUCCUGGUUCGAAAUGGCGAGAGGAUGUCGAAGCAACAUGGAAGUAUCUUCAAGACCAGUAUCAUAUUACAACUAACAGGAGAUGUUCGACUCACGUUCAUCUUUCUUUAGAUCCUUUCUAUACUAUACCCGAGAUCAAACGGAUCGCACAGGCAUGUAUAUAUUUCGAGCCAGCCUUCGAGGCUAUUGUGCCUCCAGGUCGCAGGUUCAAUCCUUAUGCGAAAAGCAAUUGGCUUGAUAGCCCGACCGUGGCUCGAGGGGACACAUCCCGGUCAGAGCUUAUUGCGGCGAUCGAAGGAGAAGUGCAAGUCGAUGUUAUAGCAAGGCUUAUGCAGCAUAGAGAUGACAGAGAAUAUGCCUGGAAUUUCUGGUCACUAUUUCGCCGACGAACCAUCGAGUUCCGCAAACCUCCAGCAUGUACCAAGCCAGAAGAAGUCCUUGCCUGGGCCGAGCUUGCCCUGUCUUUCAUACAAGCAUGCAUCAAGUAUGAAAACACCACGCAGCUCCAGAAAGUGCCUCCCACCAUUGGAGGUCUACGCUGGUUUAUGUCGCAGUUCACUGAACCGGGAUUGAACGAGCCGAAACGGAUGCAGCGUCUCUGGUGGGGCAGGAGUUCAAACGCGAUGGUGCAACCUUACCCUCAACCUGUAGGAUUCUGGUGGUGGGAGGGAGCGGAGAGAUUGGCAAUGAUAGAAAGAUUGAAACGCUUGCGAGAAACCGAAAUGAAGCAGGGCCAGGCACUAGCAAGGAGACGUAGGGCGCCGUUUUGGUGA